AUGUACCCGAGUUUAAUCAUCUCCUCUCUGAUAUCUGCGCCAUCUCGCCGCGCGGCAUCUGCCCACCCGUCGAAAAGCCGCAACCCCGCCGUGCAGUGUACACGUACGACAUCAACUUCAGGCUGUAGCGCCGAAGCCUUCGCCCGCGCCACUCAACUUCACGCUUUUCAGUACAGGGGCUUGCCAACGACCAUGAGGCUUCCUCGUUCUCCUAUCGACAGGGUAGUCGAGAUUACGCUCCAUUGCCACUCAGACAAAGAAGAUCGGGACUACUGGCUGACCGGCCUUCGCGUUGCUCUUCUCAAAAGCGCCCAGACCUACAUCACGACCUUGGGGACGAAGAUCACCACCCCGGAGAUGCCACACUUUCAGCGCAACCUCGAGGUAUGGCCUGGGGGAUCGUUCAAGCUCCUCCUUAAAGGCGGUUACUGGUGCUACUUUCAACUUUCGUAA